UUUUCCAACUCUACUUAAUGAAAGUGCUUAAGUUACUACUAAGCUUAAGUUACCAAUAAAAAAUAUUUAAAAAUAUAUAUAUCGAAAAUAUAUAGCAAAAAGCAACAUAAAGUUGAGUUGUAAAAAAAAUUGUAAUUAAGUGGAUAUAUGUAAGUGAAAGAAAAUUUUAAUAAUCGCGCGCAGUGCAAAUUCAGUGAGGAGAAAUUUCAUAAAUAUAACAAAAUUAAAUUAUCCGUUGCCACUGGGCCAAGCAAAAAUAAUUAUAAAAUAAUCGCAUUAUAUUGCGCGUCAGUGUGUUUAUUCAUUCAACAGCAUUCAAUUAACAGUAGCAGCAGCAAGCAGCCAAAUCAGUCAAGAUGCUUUUCGAGAAUCCCGCAUUAGCCGCCAAACUACCAUUCCCGUACAAUGUGCCACCACCGUUACAGGCGGCCGCCGCAGCAGCAGCGGUUCCAAAUCUAAGGUUUCAGACACCAAUAAAAGCCUUCACCUGCCUGACAACAGCAAGCAAUCCCAUUGAUAAUGCUGCUGCAGCUGCAGCCGCAGCCGCUGCUGGACUCAUCGAUCAACAACACCGUGACCUACACAAUGUGCUGGUCAAUGCUGCGGCUGUAAAUGGUACAUUGACCAAUACAGCAGCUGCAGUUCUAAAGAGUCAAUCGGCUCAACAGCAACAACAGAAUAGCGCCGCUCAACAGACUGCUCAAGCACAAGCCGCAGCAGCAGCAGCACAGGCGCAACAACAGUCACAGCAGAAUACUACAAAUAACAACGCUUCCGCACAACAACAACAGCAGCAACAACAACAGGCGCAACAAAACACCAUGGUACUGUUGAAUGGUAAUGCUGGAGCAGUUGCUGGUGGUAAUAAUGGCACCGCCAAUGGUGCUGUUGUAAAGGGCAGCUCUUCUGGCAGAUCGACGCCUGUUAAUGGCAGUUCCACCACAGAUCCAGCACCAGGCAAACUUUUUGUUGGCGGUCUCAGUUGGCAAACAUCGUCGGAAAAACUAAAGGAAUACUUUGGAGUUUUCGGCACCGUCACCGAUGUGCUAAUCAUGAAGGAUCCCGUGACACAGCGUAGUCGCGGCUUUGGUUUCAUUACAUUCCAAGAGCCCUGUAGCGUUGAUAAAGUCCUACAGGUGCCCAUACACACACUGGACGGCAAGAAAAUCGAUCCCAAGCAUGCCACACCCAAAAAUCGGCCACGCCAAGCUAAUAAAACAAAGAAGAUAUUCGUUGGUGGCGUCUCGCAGGACACCUCCGCUGAUGAGGUGAAAGCCUAUUUCAACCAAUUCGGCACUGUGGAGGAGACCGUGAUGCUGAUGGAUCAGCAGACGAAACGUCAUCGCGGCUUCGGUUUUGUGACAUUCGAAAAUGAGGAUGUUGUGGAUCGCGUUUGUGAAAUACACUUUCACACUAUUAAAAACAAGAAGGUCGAAUGCAAGAAAGCACAACCCAAGGAGGCUGUCACACCAGCUGCUGCACAGCUGUUGCAGAAACGUAUUAUGCUGAGCACAUUGGGUGUGCCUUUACCGACCGCACCGGGUCAAUUGAUUGGUACACGCGCCGGCGUCACCACAAUGAGCUCAUUGGCCAUGUUGCAAGCGCCAUCUCCAUUGCAACUGCAUGCCGCUAAUGGCGCUGCAGCAGCAGCUGCACAGCAGGCAGCGCUCAUCUCGCAGUCACCCUUCCAAGUACAAAAUGCCGCCGCCGCUGCGGUCGCCGCCAAUCCAGCUAGCUUUGGCAAAUUGCUAACCACAUAUCCACAGGCCUUGCACAGCGUCAGAUAUGCACCGUAUCCCAUACCGACGAGUGCUGCCGCCGCCAACGCCUUGGUACAGGCUCAGCAGCAACAUGUCGCGGCACAACAACAACAGCACGCGAAUGCUGCUGCCGCCGCUCAACAGCAACACACUGCCCAUGCUGCCGCCGCUGCUGCAGUACAGCAACACAACGCAGCCAGCCAACAAGGCGUGUCCGCUGCACAGAGCGCACACAACGCCCUCACCGUUACCGGCCCAGGUGGCGCAGCGAACGCGCACGGCGCCCAAGCGGCACAUCACCCGCUCGCCGCGGCCGCUGCACAGCAAGCAGCUUUAGUCGCCGGCAACCCAUUGAGCGCGGCCGCCGCCGCCGCCGCAGCCAAUCCAUAUCAGAGCUAUGCGCUAACCAAUGUGGACAUGUCCAGCUUUCAGGGCGUUGACUGGAGUCAAAUGUACGGCAUGGGCAUGUAUGUCUAAAGCGUAGCAUGCGAAUUGGAUUUAUUUCAAAAUUUAAAAGUACGAAUUGUGCGUUUUUUGUUUUGUUUUUUCACCAAGCAAAUGGAGAGUGCAGAAGUAAAAAUACUCUUCAUUGGAAAAAAAGGAAAUAUAUUUAUAUUUAUAGCAAUAAA